CCUCUAAUCCAGCUUACAGCCGCAAACCACUCUUCUCCAUCAGGACACCCUUGAGGACAUGAGGCCCUGCAAAGCCCUUUGCUCUUAAAGGCCUGGCUGUCAUUGAAAAUAUUUGGAGAUUUUGUGUUUUUUCUCUUCUUUAGGUUUAGUCUGAGUUUUUGGGUUUCUUUUUCUGGAGCAGAAACAAUGGCUUUCUUUAUGAAAACUAUGAUAAGUAACCAGGUAAAGAAUUUAGGAUUUGGUGGCAGGUCUGAAGAAAAUAAAGAAGAAGGAGGGACCUCGGAUGCUGCCGCAGCUCAAGGGAUGACCAGAGAGGAAUAUGAGGAAUAUCAGAAGCAAAUGAUCGAGGAUAAGAUGGAAAGAGAUGCUUCAUUUACACAAAAAAAGGCAGAGAGGGCAUGCCUCCGAGUUCAUCUCAGAGAAAAGUACAGACUUCCAAAGAGUGAAAUGGAUGAGAACCAAAUCCAGAUGGCUGGAGAUGAUGUGGAUUUGCCUGAAGAUCUCCGAAAAAUGGUAGAUGAAGAUCACGAGGAGGAAGAAGAUAAGGAUUCUAUUCUGGGGCAGUUACAGAAUCUUCAGAACAUGGACUUGGACACCAUAAAAGAAAAAGCCCAGGCCACGAUCACAGAAAUCAAGCAGACAGCAGAGCAGAAGUGUUCUGUGAUGUGAGGGGCGGGUGGGGCUGUAGAAGGGGACCAGGUCAAGGUGGAGGUGACCACUCUCCUACGGAAAGUCUUGAGCAGCACAUAUUCAAUACAGUGACCAGGGUUAGAAAAACCAUGAUGGCAAAACUCUCUACAAACAUGUAGACAACAACUUAAUGUUCUAAUUGUUCCUGGUAGAAUGUUUAGCUAGGACCUGGCAGCAGAAAAUGAUACGUUCCUUUUAGCUAUAAAUGUGGCUAACAUGAAAUUUCAGCUGUGAAUGACAUAGAACACAUACCUGCUUAAAGAUCUUCAGGACAGCCAGAAAGAAAUAAAAGCAAAUGGAAUUUUCUCUUUGAUUUCCUUCCUUAGAGGUCAAAGUCUCACCUAGUCCAAUCAUUAGCAUGACUCCAGAGCCCUUCAGAGAAAGAUGUGGAAGGUCAGGGUGCUACCAGGAGCCCAGGCUGCAGAUUCAUUGGCAGGCAAAGACCACACCACCCCCACUCCCAGGCUCCUUGACAUUGUUGAUGCUUUUCAUCAAGUGUGGCACUUGGACAGUUGGAAGCCAAGGGGCAGUAGUGGGGAUGUGGUAAAAGAUGAGGUACGAAGGCAGAGAACAGACUUCAUCAGCCCUUAGCCUUGUAGAGCAUCAUAGGAACCUCAUGAGUGGACCAUACAAUAUUCAUCCUUUCCUGACUGGCUUAUUUCACUUAGCACAAUGUCCUCAAGGUUCAUAUCUGCUGUAGCAUUGUAUCAUAAGUUCUUUCCUUUUUAAGGCUGAAUAAUAUUUCAUUGGAUAUAUAUAUGCCACAUUUGGCUUAUCCAUUCAUCCCAUCCAUGGACACUUGGGUUGCUUUCAUCUUUUGAUGAUUGUGAAUAAAACUACUAUGAACAUGAGUAUACAAAUAUCUAUUCUAGUUCCUGCUUUCAAUUUUUUUAGUGACAUUUUGUGGAAUGCCACAAGAAGUGGAAUUGCUGUCUACAUUAGAAAUAGCAGUUUGGAUACAAAUAAUAUUAAAUGUAAAACUGUAAUUAAAAAAUAGAAAUUUAAAUAAAUAUAAAAUUAGAAAUAUUCAAACUUCUAAAGUAACACUAAGUUAAAAGAUAUCACAAUGGUAAUUCAAAAAUGUUCUUACUUCAGUAGUGAGGGGAAUACCAGGAGCUUCUCUGAGUUGUUGGCAGAGUUUUAUUUAUUCACUUGUGUAUAGGUCUAGCUACAUAAUUUGUGGGGCCUAGUGAAAAUGAAAAGGCCAUGGCUGGCUCUGAAGUCAGUGUAACCUCCUUUCAAAGGGAUGUUGAGUGGGAGCCAGAUGUGCUUCUAGAUGCCAAGGAAAAAGUUGUUGAAGAGCAAUUAUGAAUUUUAAUAUUUAAAGUACAGCAUUAAACUAAGGAUAGGAUCCUUCUAAAGGUGUUUCAACACCCAUGAAGCUGACCUUGCCUCUCUAUUCACUUUGUAAUGAUUCACUGAGGUGUAAUUUAUGUUUUAAUCACUUUUUUCUAUAUGUGCUAUCCUUCACAACAAAUAAAUUAUAUAUUACAUAUA